AAUGUAACAGGUCCCUGUUCGAACAAACAAUGUGGAAUCAAUGAAAAAUGUAUAAUGAUUGGACGUACUGCUACAUGUCAGUUAUCAGAUUGUGGGCCUCCAUUCACCAGGAAGAUAUCAGCUGAAAGUGUGGAAACGUGGGACGGCAUUGGUAUUAAACGACGAAUACAUGUAAAAUGUACUGACGAGUACAACCAAACCGGAAAUGGGAUAUUCAUAUGUAACGGGAACGGUAAAUGGAACAGUAAUAUGGUUUGUAAUGGCAAAAGACUUGGGUGUUUCGAAGACAACGAGACGCGAUCCUUUGACCCUGGAAAUUACCACAGACUUCAAAAUAUGGACGCAUCUGUUUGCAGAGACCACUGCCUGGAAAUUGAUAAAGAAUUCAAAUACAUUGGACUUCAACAUGGCUCGGCCUGUUUCUGUGGACAUCAUAUCAAAUUCUGGAACAGACGUUCUGACAAUGAAUGCUAUAUAAACUGUCCUGGCAAUAAAAAAGAAACAUGUGGAGGGGAUUGGAGAAAUGAAAUAUUUAGUGUUUGAGAAAAAAGAAAGAAACGCAUUGACAUUCUUUCAGUUUCAAUUCAUAUAUAUUAUCUUCCUUGUUUUUCUGCAAAGGAAUGGAUGAAAAUAAGAAGGAAUGAUUGAAAUAUUGUUUGUGGAAGGUCCUCGUUGGUAUGUUUUUGUUUUUUUUAAGGAAAUGAAUUGAACUGGGUGUCCUCCUUUUACUCAUGAAGCCUUCUUUUAAAAAAAUUCUCAAGUAGAUUAUACAAGCAUAACUUGGGUUACUAAUUUACUAGUCUUGUAGUUGAAUUUUCUUCCCUUGGAUCAAUCCUUAUCCGAACUAAAACAAUCAGAAACAAAUCAUCUCUUUUUUCAACAAAAAUUAGCUGAAAUAAAAUUAAAAAAUUCAACAAAAGAAUGAACACUGAUGGUUCUACGAACAAAGCAACAAUUUUAACGACAGAGGUAAAAGCUAUACAAUUUGGAAUUCUUUGAAUGGAAUUGCAUUUAAUAAAAUGAUGCAUAAAAAGAAACGAAAGAAUGUAAACACAUUUGUAUUUUGCCCCAGGAAUAUUUUUUUUCUUCUGCCAAUUGCUGAAAAUAAACACAAGUAAAAAAUUCUUAUGUAAAUCAGCUUGCACAUUUUUUGGAUGAUUAGCUAUGACACCGUGUUUCGCACGAAGGAAAAAAUAUUUCAAAAUCUGCCAGACGUUUGUGGCCUUCAGACAACUGAAAUUUUAGGUUGUUUGGCUUUUGUACCUGUGAUCCAUAAUGCAGUCUCGUUGGCUUUUUGGCAAGUGGAACUUGGGAAUGUUGUACUUUCUGACUUUUGAUCCAUAAUAUGGAAAGGUGGGCUUUCGGACUUUACUUAUGGAAAUAUUUAACACCUCUUUAGAAUUCAUUUCUCAGCCUGCUUCUGAUUUUGACAGUAUACAUGUAUAAAAUAAAUAAAUUUUUUAAAGAUA